CCAGUGUUUACACACAUUAUUGUUAAUUUAAAAAAUUGUGUUAACCUUCCUCUCGAGCAAAGAAACCAUGAAAUUAGUGGUAAUUUUCGCAUUGAUUUGCGUGUCAUUUGCGACACAAACCAAGAGUGUAUCGCAAAAGGCGGCAGAUCUUGGUUUCAAAACAUUUGACCACGACUUCAAGAGCUUUAAAAUAACUCACAACAAGCAAUACUCGACAGCCGAGGAGGAAGAGCAGCGAAAAGUCAAUUUCUUGCACACAUUGCAAGUCAUCGCUCAACACAAUGAGGGCUUUAAAAGGGGUAUUGAAACCCAUGAAAUGGGUGUCAAUCAGUUCGCAGAUAUGAGUGACGCUGAAUACCAAUCCAUGUUUGUAAUGCCCGACCCAACGGUGCAAAAGCCCGAACCGGCCGACGCCUACAUCGCCGAACCCGAGGCCUUGUCAUCGGUUCCCCAGAGUUUGGAUUGGAGACAAAAAGGAAAAGUUACUCCCGUUAAGAACCAAGGUGGUUGCGGAUCGUGCUGGGCAUUCAGUGUGAUCGGUGGCAUAGAGUCGGCCUACGCUGUGAAGCAAAACAAAAACAAUCUGGAUCUCUCGGAGGAGCAACUGGUGGACUGCAUGAACAGCAAAUGCGGCGGUCAAUGGAUUUACGACGGAUACAAAUACGUGAUCGCACACGGAGUCGAGAACGAGGCCCAAUACCCGUACAGCGCCGGCUCCGGACACUACAACCAGUGCCAGGAGAAGGCGUCCGCACCGCACACACACAUCAAGGGCUACAAGAGUUUGGGCAAAGGCAUCAGCGAGAGUCACCCGUUGGCCACCGAUCAGGAGAUAAUGGCCGCCAUUGAGGCCAACGGACCGAUCUCUAUGAUGUUCAACGCAAACGGCGACGCUUUCCGUAACUACAAGACCGGUGUCAUCACCCAGAAUGACAUGGGAUGGACAGGUAGUCACGCCGUUGUCAUUGUCGGUUGGGGUACCGAAGGUGGUCACGACUACUGGAUCAUUAAGAACAGUUGGGGCGCCACGUGGGGUGACCAUGGUUAUUUCAAAAUGGUCAGGGGCCAGAAUCUGAGACACGUCAAUGAGUACCUGUACUUCCCGGACCUGUAA